CGCGCUGGGCGGCUGAGGCGACUCCAGCAGCGGGACGAGCGAGGACGAGCGAGGACGAGCGCGCCGGCCCGCGCUGCGCCCCGAGCGGUCCCGGCCCCGGCCCCGGCCCCGCGCCCCGCGCCCCGCCCUCGGCUCACCUGGCACAGGAAGACUGACGGGGACACGCCAGCAUGGCGGGGAGCACGGCCGAAAGCGCCAACCACCUGCCCUUCUUCUUCGGCAACAUCACCCGGGAGGAGGCGGAGGACUACCUGGUCCAGGGGGGCAUGAGCGACGGGCUGUACCUGCUGCGUCAGAGCCGCAAUUACCUGGGCGGCUUCGCGCUGUCGGUGGCGCACGGGAGGAAGGCGCACCACUACGCCAUCGAGCGCGAGAUGAACGGCACCUACGCCAUCGCGGGUGGCAGGCCGCACGGCAGCCCGGCCGAGCUGUGCCGCUACCACACCCAGGAGUCCGACGGCCUCGUCUGCCUCCUCAAGGAGCCCUUCCACCGGCCGCCCGGGGUGCAGCCCAAGACGGGCCCGUUCGAGGACCUGAAGGAGAGCCUCAUCCGGGACUACGUGAAGCAGACCUGGAACCUGCAGGGUCAGGCUCUGGAGCAGGCCAUCAUCAGCCAGAAGCCUCAGCUGGAGAAGCUGAUCGCCACCACGGCCCACGAGAAAAUGCCCUGGUUCCACGGGAAAAUCUCACGGGUUGAAUCUGAGCAAAUUGUCAUGAUAGGAUCCAAGACAAACGGAAAAUUUCUGAUCAGGGACAGGAACGACAACGGUUCUUACGCCCUGUGCUUGCUGCAUGAGGGGAAGGUGCUGCAUUACCGCAUAGAUAAGGACAAAACCGGGAAGCUCUCCAUCCCCGACGGGAAGAAGUUCGACACGCUCUGGCAGCUGGUGGAGCAUUACUCUUACAAACCAGACGGGCUAUUAAGAGUUCUUACAGUUCCAUGCCAGAAAAUUGGUGGGCAGACAGGAAACAUCAACUUUGGAGCUCGCGCGCCCCUUCCAGGGGGCCAUCCUGCGAUGUGGUCAGCGGGUGGAAUAAUCUCCAGAAUCAAAUCAUACUCCUUCCCAAAGCCGGGCCACAGAAAGUCCUCCUCGUCCACAGGGAGCCGGCCCGAGAACUCCGUGACCUUCAAUCCUUACGAGUCAGACCGGGGGCCCUGGGCCACGGACAGAGAAGCCCAGAGAGAAGCCAUGCCCAUGGACACCGAAGUAUACGAAAGCCCCUACGCUGACCCCGAGGAGAUCAGGCCCAAGGAGGUCUACCUAGACCGCAAGCUGCUGACCCUGGAGGACAGUGAGCUGGGCUCUGGCAACUUCGGGACCGUGAAGAAGGGCUACUACCAGAUGAAGAAAGUCGUGAAGACAGUGGCUGUGAAGAUUCUGAAGAACGAGGCUAAUGACCCAGCUCUUAAAGAUGAGUUAUUAGCAGAAGCGAACGUCAUGCAGCAGCUCGAUAACCCUUAUAUCGUGCGCAUGAUUGGGAUAUGUGAAGCCGAGUCCUGGAUGCUGGUCAUGGAGAUGGCAGAACUGGGUCCACUCAAUAAAUAUUUACAGCAGAACAGGCACGUCAAGGAUAAGAACAUCAUAGAGCUGGUCCAUCAGGUUUCUAUGGGAAUGAAAUAUCUGGAGGAGUGCAAUUUUGUGCACAGAGAUCUGGCUGCAAGAAAUGUAUUGCUGGUCACUCAACAUUAUGCCAAGAUUAGUGAUUUCGGACUUUCCAAAGCACUUCGUGCUGAUGAAAACUACUAUAAGGCCCAGACCCACGGGAAGUGGCCGGUGAAGUGGUACGCUCCAGAGUGCAUCAACUACUACAAGUUCUCCAGCAAGAGCGACGUCUGGAGCUUCGGCGUGUUGAUGUGGGAGGCGUUCUCCUACGGGCAGAAGCCCUAUCGGGGCAUGAAAGGCAGUGAAGUUUCGGCUAUGCUGGAGAAAGGAGAGAGGAUGGGGUGCCCCGCGGGGUGUCCAAGGGAGAUGUACGAGCUGAUGAAGCUGUGCUGGACGUAUGAGGUGGAGAAGAGACCCGGCUUUGAAAACGUGGAGCUGCGGCUGCGCAAUUAUUACUACGACGUGGUGAACUAAGGGCCCCGCGCCCUGCGCCGCUGCCGGGGGCCGGGGAGCGGUCACAGCAGAACCCGCCCGACGCAGGGAUUUCGAGAGCGUCCACCUCCCUCUCUGCCGUCGGGAGAGCCAGCCUCGUGCGGGACAUGCCCGCGACCGUUGUCCCCAAGGCCUGCCCCAGAGCACACCCUCUGCAGAGCACACCCUCCCCGAGGAGCCCGGGAAGAAAGCCGGCAGGACCGGGGGGCCCGUGGAUUCCGUUGUGUUUCUCGCCUGUGCGGUUUGAAGGGCAGGUUCCGCUGAGGGUCCGUGUGGGCAUCUGAAUCUGCAGCAGCCGGGAGGCGUCCCGGGCUCACCUGCGCCGCCUGCCCUGCAGGGAAGGCGAGCGGAGCGGGUUUGGCUGCCCCCAGAACCUGGCGCCGACAGGUCCAAAGACUGAGCCCUCCCACGAAAAGCUUUCCUGGCCAUGAAAGUGCUUUGAGGCUUUAAAAAAGAAAAGAAAAAACAAAAACAAAAACAAGCUGGACCAGUACAGUUUCUAAGCAUGUAGCCAGUUAAAGGGGGGGAAGAAAGGUCUGGAUACUGCAUUUGCUCUGUGCGUUCUGAGACACAAGACUCAGAUCCACGGGACAGAUGGGGCUGUGGGCAUGAACUGGCUUGGCGUGCCUUCCCCCCGAGAGCCUCUCUCCCGCACACCCUCCUGGGACUGUGCUUGCUUGGAGGUGGUGGAGGGGGGAGGGUGUCUGUCCUCUCGGGCCUGAGCAAGGACAGACGGCAGGUGCAUCGGGCUGUCCUCUCCUUAGGGAGGUCCCAGCUCCCCUCCCCUAGACAGAGGGUACCUCCAGAAUCCCCUGACUUUUCCUGUGUUCACAGCGGGGGUGGGGGGUGGGGACAACCCGGGGGCCAAGGUUGUUGGCCUGAGUUUCCUAAGGUUGUAUUAAUUCAUAAUAAAGCCACAGACCCUGAGCCUCGCCGCAAGCAUGCCUGAGUGUGACUUUGGGUUGAAGAUACGAGACUGGGAAUUCUCAGCUAGCUCCCUAGUCUUAGCGGAGCCUUGAGUCGUGUGUGAGCUUAUACAAGUCAUCAGCCCAUGUAUGGCAGUUUGAAAGUCAGAGGGAGUUAGCUGUUAUUCAUAGGGCAGCUGAGACCCUGGGCUGGUGUCAGUCAUACCGGAGACAUUUUAAAGUGUACGUCCGGCCUGCUGUCGGGAGAGUUUCCCUUCUCAUAGCAGGGCAUCCAGGCACAGGGAAAAGCAGCAGUCAGCACCCUUGCUCAGCCAGGAGACAUGAGUCACUCGUCGAACUGGUGGGAAAAAGCGUGUAGAACCCACCUGGGCUUUUUUGGAAUCGUGCUAGCUGGUGGAUUAAUCAUCUUGUUAAAGAGAGGGUCCCGGCGUGCUGAGCAGAUACUCAAAACACGGGCGGCAUACAUCAGAGUCCCUGAAAUUAAAAAGCCGAGUGACAGAAUCUCUGCGGGGGGCUGUCUGUGGAUUUGGAGUCAUGCCUGCAAGGUUGGACCGAGCGCUGGUGACCUCUGAGCCAGUGGUCGAGUCUCGGGCAGAGGCCGUGCAUGGAAGGCUCCGUGAUGUGAACGUGCGCAGUCUGGGAGGUGAGGAUCCUCACUGGGCACUGGCCGUGGCUGGAACUCACAGGCCCGCCACCCUCCUGACGGUUCUCUCUCCCCAGGCCUGAGCGCCCUCCCGGUGCCUUCCCCUUCUGGUCCUUGUUCAGGGGCAGCAAGACGGCCUCUCGGACAGACACACCACUCCGGCCAGAGCCAGUCACUGCUGGUGCAACACAGACCGUGUCCCCACCGGGGACAACUGUAAUCCAUUCUACGGUGACAGGGACUGCUUGUGGUUUUCAAUGUGAGCGUGUCCCCACGUGGGCUGUCACCGGCCUCGCAGUUCCCCCAGCCCCCGGUGGCCGCCGCCCUGCCUGGAUGUCCACGCGCGGAGGUGACUGCUGGGUCCUCCGCCCCCCGCCCCCCCACAGAGCACACGCCACCAUUUCAGAAGAACAACUUUUUGUCACUGGACUUGUUUUUUUUUUAACUGUGAUUUUUUAAUAAAACUUUUAAAUUAGCUUUGUGAUGAUUUUUCAUGGAUAUUAUUGGAAUGCUGUAGGUUGCACUGUCAAAUAAACAGUGUUAAGCAGCGUC